GCCAAAAGCGUACUGUCAUCACUUCUAGGGAAUUUGGCUGUAUUUGAUGUUGGUCCAUCUCUUGUCAACGCGUCCUUCAAUGCAAUGCAGCGCGAAAAAAAAUAAUGUCUGGUUCUAUCUUAUCCAAGUUUAGUUCGUGGUCAGGCUUCCAAAGAGAAAUAAAAUACAAUAACAAUGCGAUGGUGUGACUCUUUUUUGAUUUAAUAAAUUAGAAAGAAAAUACAAAGCCGUAAUAAUAUAAUACUUUGGGUUCGGUGUGGAUACUUUCAAUUUGUUGAACGAAUAAUAAAUUUGUUGACGCACCAUAAUUUUCAAUCAACAUUCCUCCACCGGGUUAUCUAUUGGGCAGAUACAUACACAUUACGUUUAUAGUAUAGUUGAAUUUGUUUGAUAAAACUUAGCAAUGGAUGUUUCAUCUUCGUCAAACAUUAACGUUGGAGUUCUACCACAUGAUACCGAUGGGUUUCUAACCAUGCCAGUCGAGUCUCCGAACUCAGAUGUUCUGGGAAUAAAACGCAGAAGCUCUUCACGAACAAUAAAACGACGUAAAUUCGAUGACGAACUUGUCGAAACCACAUUCAAUCUACAACCUCCAACUGCAGCGACAAAGUCUAAUUCGCGAUCCCGUACAGUUUCGAUGUCUGGUGGAUCUCUAGAUUUAUUACCGGCUCCAACGUUACCAAGUCCUGUUCAAAUACCUGCCACAAUAACGCAGUCCGAUAGAUGUAAUCGGCGACCUAGUAGACCCAGUGGUUCUAAUGCACCGGGUAGAAAAAAUAAAAAGAACAAAAAUCAUCCACAUUCUGUUAAUGCAACUAAAGAUCUCGGCAGAUGGAAACCUACCGAUGAUUUGGCUCUGAUUACUGGUGUCCAACAAACAAAUGAUUUGAGAAUGGUUCAUCGAGGUACGAAAUUCUCUUGUCGUUUUACUUUGCAAGAAAUACAACAACGAUGGUACGCAUUGUUAUACGACAGUGCUGUCUCUAGAGUUGCUGUUCAAGCAAUGCGUAACUUACAUCCUGAACUAAUAGCUACAGUCCAAGCUAGAACGCUUUAUAGUAAGGCUGAAGAGGAUCUUUUGGGGAGUAUAAAAUCGACUUCUCAGCCAACUUUGGAAACUUUUCAAGAACUGCUUGAAAUAAAUGCUCAGACAUUUUAUCCCGCACGUACAGCAAAAGCAUUGAUGGCACACUGGCAGCUAAUGAAACAGUACCAUUUACUACCUGAUCAAACAGUUCAAGGUUUACCUCGUGGUGAACAUGUGUUGAACUUCUCUGAUGCAGAAGAUAUGAUCAAUGAUACUGAACUUGCCGAACAAAAAGAUGAAAUAAUUGACUCGGAAUUAGCUAUGGCUGAUAGAAAGAACAAGAAAGAGAUCCGAAUGCUAGAAAAUGAACUUGGCAGAUGGCAGGUUCUCGUGGACAGCGUCACAGGCAUUAAUCCUCCAGAUUUUGAUAAUCAAACCUUGGCUAUACUGAGGGGAAGGCUUGUCAGAUACCUUAUGAGAUCACGUGAGAUCACUGUUGGUCGUUCGACUAAGGAUCACAGUGUUGAUGUUGACCUCACCUUAGAAGGUCCUGCUUGGAAAGUAUCCAGGCGGCAGGGUACGAUACGGCUAAGAAAUAAUGGCGAUUUUUUCCUAUCAUCCGAAGGAAAGAGGCCCAUUUUUGUGGAUAGCAGGCCUAUUUUAGCUGGAAAUAAAAUGAAACUCAAUAAUAAUAGUGUUGUAGAGAUUGCAGGCUUGCGUUUCAUAUUUCUUAUAAACCAAGAAUUGAUCUCCGUCAUACGUCAAGAAGCAGCCAAGUUGAAUCUAAAUCCUUGAAUGAUUUGGGAUGGAAAAGAGUAGCAUUAGAGAUACAUUGUACAAAAAUUCAGGUUUACAAAAAUUUCAAUGGACGACUUGUCAGUUUACUAGUCGCAAAAAAAUAUGAGACCAAGCGCUGAUUUGAAUUCACGAAGUAGGUACGUUCAAACCACCUCUGGUAAGAAAAGAUCUAUCUAUCACGAAAAAUCGUUAGAUUUCGACGUUUCUAAUGAAAAAUAUCAAGAUUCAACUAGAUAUAUGAAUUAUGAGUGUUCCGCAUACAAAUAAAAAACACACGUUCCUUCGAUAAA